GUUUUCUGUUUAUCCCCUUUAAGCCGUUCUUCCCGUUCCUUCCAUCUCCGUUUCCAUCUCUCUCCCGCCCCGCACGGCAGCUCUGCCGCGUUCCGCCGUCGAAAAUUAGCGAUGCAAAUUUAUGCGCACAAAACCGCGCCCCCUCCGCCAUCGGCUUUACGGCAAGCGGGGGGGGGUUUGCGACAGUUCGCGCGCGUGGUGCGGGUGGCGGCGGCGCCGCAGUGAAGGGACCGGGGGUGCUCGGGGGUCUCUGAGGGAUCCCGGGGAUGCUCGGGGGUCUCUGAGGGAUCCUGGGUGUGCUCGGGAGUCUCUGAGGAGAUCUCGGGGUUCUCUGAGGGGGUUCCGGGGGUCUCUGAGGGAGUCCCCCGGGUGCUCAGGGGUCUGUGAGGGAUCUCGCGGGUCUCUGAGGGGCCCCGGGGUCCCCUCCCUCCCUCCCGCAGUCGCCGCUGCCCCCAGCGAUGUGUCCCUAGCGGGGUUCCGGGGCGGGCAGGUCCCGCGGGGCCCGGGUGAGGCCAUGGCCGGCAGCAGCAGCCGCAGCCCGAGCGCGGAGCGGGAUCCCGGCCCCGCCGCCCCCUCGGCCGAGCAGGCUCUGCUGCGGGCCGGGCUGGCGCUGCCCGAGCGGCCCGGGGCGCUGCCCGAGCUGGGCGCGCUGCUGGAGGCGGCGGAGCCGCGCUGGCUGCGGGGCUCGGAGGGCUCCGCGGCUCUGGGCCGGCUGGCCGCGGCCCUGGCCGGGCUGGCGGCUCCGCCGCGCCGGGAGCAGGACGGGGCCGAGCCGCCCGGCCGGGACGCAGCGCUGGCGGCCGUGGCGGAGCGGGCGGAGCGCGUUGGUGCCGCCUUCCUGCUGCUCCUGCAGAAGCUGGAAGAUGCCCGGAGCCAGCAGUCACCGGGAACGGCGGCGGCGGGGCCCGUCCCGCGGCGGGUGCUGGGACACGCGUUCAUCUUUGCUGUCACGCACAAAGAGGAGAGGCCCUGGACCACGGCGAGGAGUCGGGCGGUGGCUCAGGAGCUGCUGGAGCGGCUGGUCCGGGCUGCGGGCUGCGGCUCCGUGGAGGAAUUCCUGCGGGGAAAGGAGGAGGAUGAGGAAGGAAGAUUCGGAGAGGUGAUGGGGCUCCUGAAGCAGGAGUUAACCAAAGACACCUGGAAGUGUAACCCUGCCUCCAAAGACGUGUUCUCCUGGUCUCUGCUCCGUGUCAGCCGGCCCUGGCUGUGCCCGCACCUGGAGCGGGUCCUGCCGCCUGCGCUGCUCCUCUCCGACGACUUCCAGGAGGAGAACAAAGUGCUGGGCGUGCGCUGCCUGCACCACAUCGUCCUCAACGUGCCAGGAGCGGAUCUGUGCCAGUUCAACAGGGCCCAGGUGGUUUUCCACGCCCUCUACAACCACCUGUACUCACGAGAGGCCCCUCUCAUCCAGGCAGUGCUGCUGUGCCUGCUGGACCUGCUGCCCGUGCUGGAGCGAUGCCAGCGGCGCCAGGGCCACGGCAGAGCCACAUCCCCCUGGGACCAGGUGCUGCAGCUGGUGCUGACCCACAUGGAGGCCGAGCACCAGCUGGCGCUGCGCAGGGUCUACGCAGGGACCCUGCCUGCCUUUGUCACCAGACUUGGCAUCCUCAUCGCAAGGCACCUGAAGAGGCUGGAGCGAGUCAUCCUGGGCUACCUGGAGGUCUCUGAUGGCCCUGGGGAAGAGGCCAGACUGGGAAUCCUGGAGACUCUGCAGUGCACCAUAGAGCAUGCCUGGCCCAGGAUGCCCUGCAGGCUCCCCGUGCUCCUCAAGGCCCUGCUGAGGCUGCUCUGGGACGUUCACACGGAGCGGGGCCCGACCCCCGAGCCCGUCAAGGCUGCCCUGCUGCACAGGGCCACCCAGUGCCUCAUCCUGCUGGAUCGCUGCUGCCAGGGCCAGGUCAAGGUGAGCCAGGGCUCCCUGGGGGCUGCCAGGGCUCCCUGGGGGUUGCCAGGGGCAGGUCAAGGUGAGCCAGGGCUCCCUGGGGGCUGCCAGGGCCAGGUCAAGGUGAGCCAGGGCUCCUUGGGGCUGCCAGGGCCAGGUCAAGGUGAGCCAGGGCUCCCUGGGGGCUGCCAGGGGCAGGUCAAGGUGAGCCAGGGCUCCCUGGGGCUGCCAGGGCCAGGUCAAGGUGAGCCAGGGCUCCCUGGGGCUGCCAGGGCUCCUUGGGGCUGCCAGGGCCAGGUCAAGGUGAGCCAGGGCUCCCUGGGGGCUGCCAGGGCCAGGUCAAGGUGCUGCUGGCAGGGCUGCACAGCUGCUGUGAGGAGAGCCAGCUGCAGGAGUGCUUCAGGAAGGUGCAGGAGAGCACCUGAGGUGCCUGACUGACACUGCUCAGCUCCUUUUGUACAAUAAAACUGCUUUGUUUAUUUAAA